UCUGCAUCUCCGACAGUGCGUUUAUAACCCUCUUGUUUUUUUCUCUAUCUUUUUCUCUCUUUUUCUCUUUUUUUUUAUUCUCAACAAAUGACAGCUCAUCAUGAAAAGACAAUCAAAGUAGUUGCCAAAGACGCAAAGACUGGAAAACAAAUCAAAAUCGAAUAUGUAAAUAAAAAGAUCACGGGUAAUGGGUCUUUUGGUGUUGUGUAUCAAACGCGACUUGUGGAGACAAAUGAAGAUGCUGCUAUCAAAAAAGUAUUGCAGGAUCGAAGGUUCAAGAAUCGUGAGUUGCAGAUUAUGCGUUUGGUUGAUCAUCCUAAUGUCUGUCAGUUAAAAUCUUAUUUUUACAAUCAAGUUGAAAACAAAGAAGAUGAGGUCUAUUUGAAUCUGGUGAUGGAGUAUGUACCCGAUACUUUGUAUAGAGCCACUCGACACUAUGCUAAGGCAAAGCAACAUAUGCCUUUGAUUCUUGUUCAGUUAUACAUGUACCAAGUCAUUCGAUCCUUGGCUUAUAUUCAUUCACUCGGUAUUUGUCAUCGUGACAUCAAACCUCAAAAUGUCUUGCUUGAUCCAAACAGUGGUAUCUGUAAAAUGUGUGAUUUUGGAAGUGCUAAAGUCUUGGUACCUGGUGAACCCAAUGUAUCUUAUAUUUGUUCGCGUUAUUAUCGUGCUCCAGAAUUGAUUUUUGGUGCUACCAACUAUACGUUAAAUAUUGAUGUUUGGUCAACAGGAUGUGUGAUGGCAGAAUUGAUUUUAGGACAACCUUUCUUCCCAGGUGAGAGUGGUAUUGAUCAAUUGGUAGAGAUUAUCAAGAUUUUGGGAACACCUACCAAAGAUCAAAUUGCUGCUAUGAAUGCUAGUUAUGUUGAGCAUCGAUUCCCUAUGAUUAAACCUCACCCUUUGUCUACAAUCUUUACCCAUGCUACUGUAGAAACAGUGGACUUGUUAAGUCGUAUGCUGCAAUAUCAUCCUCAACAAAGAAUUACAGCUAUUGAAGCCUUGUGUCAUCCCUUUUUUGAUCCUAUUCGAGACCCAAACACUCGAUUGCCUAAUGGUCAACCUUUACCACCUGUAUUGAAUUUCACCCGAGAAGAAUUAUCCAUUCGUCCUGAUUUGAUUCGAAGACUUGUUCCACCACACUGCGAACAAGAACUUUUGUCAAGAGGCAUUGAUAUCUAUAACUUUGAUCCUAUUCCUGUUGAACAGUUAAAGAUUUCUCCAUCAGCUAUCUAGAUUUUUUGUUGUUGUAAUAUUUAUAAUAAACUAAUGUAAAACGA